AUGCUUCCACGUCUACUCUGUGAAGAACAAUGCAGUCUUAAUCCAGGAGAAGAUAAAUUAGCGUUUUCUGUGGUCUUCACUGUAACUGAGGACGCCAAGAUUUUAACAACAUGGUUUGGCCGUACAUUUAUUCGUUCGUGUUGUAAACUCAGUUAUGAAGAUGCUCAGGGAUUUAUUGAUCACCCUGAUAGGGACUGGUCGUCCAGUGGGUUUGUCAAGGUAGAUGAACCGUAUACCAUAAUGGAUAUAUGUCAUAAUGUUUUAAAAUUAAACAAUCUAGCUACUAAAAUGCGUAAAAGUCGUUUCCACUCUGGAGCGCUUCGUUUAGAUCAAGUGAAAUCUACCUUUUCUCUUAAUAACGAAACUGGACUACCAUUGGGUAUUGCUCCUUACAUUUCGAAGCAGAGUAAUUGGCUUAUUGAAGAAUGGAUGUUAGCAGCAAACAAAUCAGUUGCUGAACGCUUAGCUAAAUACUUACCCGACUCAGCUUUUUUGAGACGACAUCCACCACCAUCUGUAAAACAGCUGACCGAAGUUUCGUCUAGUCUAAAUGUUGCUGGGAUAAAUAUUAACAUUGAUUCUGCCGGUUCAAUACAGAAUUCAGUUUGCCGUGAAGCAGGUUGUAAUGUCGAAGUUGGAUAUCACUACUCAGAUGCCCUUGUCAAAUUGUGUGAUGAUUUUAUGUCCGGUGCUUUGAUUCAUGAUGGUCAUUUAAUAGAAGAAAUGAAAAGAAUGGAUCUCAACUCAGUUGUUCAAAAGGAUAAGUUACCACUCAAAACUCUUGAACAUGAAGCACGACUUCUUGUUACAGUUGCUUUAUUGACUAAAACAAUGAAUUUGGCUGUCUACUUCUGUUUAGGUCUACUACCAUCCGAGUUGUCGCCUGCACAUUAUGCUUUAAAUAUGCAAUUGUACACACAUUUCACUUCCCCUAUUCGUCGUUACGCAGAUGUUAUUGUUCACCGGCAAUUGUCAGCUAUUUUGGCCAAAGAAGAAAGUGAUCCUGAAAAAGCAGAUUGGUAUUUAAGUACAGCCUUCCCAAAGGAAAUGACGCCAGUCGAAUUGCAGCAACAAGCCGAGAUUUGCAAUUCGAAAAAAUUGUCUGCUCGACUUGCUGGGGAAGAAAGUGCUGAAUUGUUCUUUGUUCUGUUUGUCAAGGAGACAGGUCCAUUUAACGAAGCAUGCGCCGUAACAUCCAUACUCGAUCGUUCAUUUGACGUUCUUAUCCUCUCUUGUGGUCUCAUCAAAAGAGUUUAUUUACAGAAUCUAAAUUUGAAAAGUUAUGAAUUCGUUCCUCCACGAACCGCUAUGGGAAAAGUCGUGGAGGGCGGAAAACUCUGUCUUCUGUGGAACAGUGAUAUAUUAGAAAAUUCUAAUACAAAGGGUUUGGACUUUGCAGAUUGUACCCAAAAUAUUACUGUUGGUUCGAAAACUACAUUACCAAGUUGUGGUUGCUUUUAUAUGGAAAUUAAACUUUUUGAUGUUGUCCGGUGUUGCGUUUCAGUUGAUUCUUGCAGUUCAGUGGACGAUGUCAGUCAGAGUGGUCGUCUAAAUACCUUAUUGCCAAAAUUACUUGUUACACUACUACGGUCAACAUGUAAAGAAUGUCACGUUGUUUGA